AUGGCUCAGAUGGCUGCACGUACGGAGAGCCUGCUCGACAAGCUCCCACACCUCCGGGAACUAGAGCAUGCGGUAAAGAAAACAACCAACCCGGUCGGAGCGCUUUGUUGCAUUUUUGAAGCCGGUGUGGACAAGCAGGCCACCAAUAUCGACCACUUCUUAGACGUGCUGGAGACGAUUGGGUGCGACUCCCCACUCUGGUCUGAAGUACAAGAAGAGAAAUGGGCAAGGGGCCUGACUGACCGAAGCUCCUCAACGGAAGGAACCAUUCUCGAUGGAUUAUCUUGCGCACUCAAGGACACCCAGCGCGAAAAUCCACUUCGUGACGAAUAUCGAGAGACAGACGCCGAACUCCUGGAGACUCUGAGGAGGACUCGCAACCGUCAACGCCAUGGAAAGAAGACUACCCCCGACAACUCUCUGCCUUCAUCCCCGAGACAACGCAAGCGCAAAAUUCAAGAACUCUGGCACGCGCUCCUCGACGAAGGGGACAUCGAAUACAUCCACGGCCUCCGUAAUUCCGAAACCUUCAAAAACGGGCUCACCAACAACGUCUUCAUCGACGAACACGCCACGAUCGCUAAAAAGCACGCUGUCAUCGGCAAGAACGUCUUUUGGACUGAUGCAUCGACCCAAAUCAACGGACUCUCAGCGGUAGCUGUCGCGUACAGCCCCGUUAACUCUCUUUAUCUUGCCACCACUCCCGCGAACGCCGGCUACGGCCACACUUCUGACUCCGCCGAAACAUACGGAGUUCUCUGCGCCCUCCACGUCGCUGAAAGCCUCCUCCGCCAGGACAACGAGUGGCGUGAGGCAAUGGGCUCAGACGUAUUGGUUAUACAGUGCGAUUCCCAGAACGCUCUGCGCCAAAUCGGAGCUUGUACUGCUGAGCAAGGCUCGCCGAUACGAUAUUUUAUCAAGAAGAUUGUGGAGGCCGUGUAUAGAAUAUACGAGCUUGGUUUAAAGGUGGAGUUUCGAUGGGUGCCAGGACACAAGGGGGUCACUGGCAACGAGGUCGCGGACAGAGCGGCAAAGAAUGCGAGGAUGCAGUAUGAGCAAGAGGCGAGUGCCCAAUCAGAGUACCUCCAAGCCCAGUACGCGCAUCUUCAAGGUCAAGUUAAGCAACUCCAAGGCCAGCACGAGUACCUCCAAGAGGCGAACGCACAGUACGAGUACCUCGAGGCUCAAUACGUGCAUGUUCAGGGUCAGGUCGAGUAUCUCAGAGAUCGGUACGUGCAUGUCCCAGAAGCAAGUGCCCGAUACGAGUAUCUUCAAGAUCAGUACGUGCAUGUCCAAGAUCGGAUUGAGGAUCUCCAAGUUCGGCAUGGGCGUCUCCAGGCUGCUAGCGAGGCUGCCGCUGUUGCACAAGCUGUUGCUGGACAAGCCGCUGUUCAGUGGCAUGUUCCGGGCACGUACUCUGUUUACGGGGAGCUGCAGAUGUUUUAUACUCAGUUUUGA